AGGUGACACGGUAUCCCCUCAGGCUGUAACGGACCGACUGCUGUGCCUCCUGCCACCGGUGAGGAGCCGGGAACGGCCUGUCGGGAUGGGGGGCCAGCAGUCACCGCUAGAGCCGGGCUUACUGCACCAGGCAAAGUUAUGGAAUGAUCUCGGGGUAUUCGAAGAGGAUGAGGAGUUGGAGGGUUUCAGGCAGGAGACAGCAGUCCUGCGUGACAAGUUGCGGGAGGCUCUAAGUCGUACAUCUGGUAACAAAAGGCAGCCCAGUUCUUUGACUGACCUCACCUUGGACAGUACCUGGGAUCAGCAAAAGCCUCCCUUGAUUCGUAAAUCCCGCUUGAGGCCAAAAAGUGCUUCCUCUCCCUGGAUUCCUUCCAUCACCAUCCCUCAGCCUUUCAAAAUGACUCUGCGGGAAGCUCACAAAAAGUCCCAGUUGAUGAAGUCAUACAUGUUUCUUGAACUAGACAAACAGAAAGAUGAAAGGCAAAGCCAGGAUGAUGCUGAAUGUCAGAAACAGUUUCGGGCACAGCCUGUACCUGCCCAUGUGUUUCUGCCCCUUUAUCAAGAAAUAAUGAUGCAGAAUGAGAUUCGCAGGCAAACAGCAACACAGAAAAGAAAGGAGCUGCUGCUUUCAACCCUGAGGCCCUUCAGCUUCCUGGAGAAGGAGGAGAAAAGGAAAGAAGCUAUCAGACAAAAGUUCCUGGCAGCAGCAACCCCAAAUGACAGCUCCAAACAGAAGCAAGCCAGUAAAAAAAUUCCUAAUUCUACUUAUGGCCCACUUCUUGGAGAUAAACUCAAAGAAGCUGAACUCUACAGAGAAAUACGCAUUCAAAUGAGAGCAAAGGAUUUGCUUGAGAGCUCAAUAGCUCCUAUAGAUACCAGCAACUAUCGGAGGGAGCCUCAAUCCCGAACUGCUGCUAAAACUCAGCAGGAAAGACUUGGCUUCUUGCAGGACAAAAGUUUCAGCUUCAAGCCAAGGAUUAAUCCAACGAUACCAGAUUUUGAAGGACUCUACUGGGCAUUUCAGAGGGAAGCAGUAAGGAGACAAGAAAUCAAAGAAGCAACUCAUAAUAAGCCAUUCAAGCUAAGAACUUCCAAUCUCCAUGGCAGGCAGAGGCAGGCUAAUGAAAAGAUAAAGGAUUCUCAGCAGCUGUCCAAGGUUUUAGUGAAGAAAAGUCAUUUUCCGUCUGGACUUUCCUCUCUCUCUUCCAAUACCCUUCCAGUGCAUAUUACAGAUGCAACUAGAAAAAGGGGAUCAGCUAUUAGAUGCUCCCAAGAUAACAAAAAGGAAGGAGGCAAAGAAGGAAUUUAUUGGCUAGAGAAGCAGAAAAAGAAAUGUCAAGCUAUCCAGAAGUCAGUGAACAGCCGAGCAAAAGCCCUGGAUCCACAUAAAAGUCUGGAGGAAACACACAAGGAGAAGUCAAAACAGAACUGGGAAAAAAUGAGAGAGAGAACAAAGGAAUACAGAAAGGAGUUGGAAGAAAUGCAGCUACGAGUCAAGAACAGACCAUACCUCUUUGAACAGGUCACCAAGCAUGAUGCUCGUCAAGGAGCAGAACGUCACUACAGACAAACUCUCCAGCAGCUGGGGCUAAGCGAAGAAUUUGUAAGGAAAAAAGGGAAAGAUGCCACUGACCUGCUGAAAGAAGAAUCUGAUGUUCACAGAGUGCCCAAGCCUCGGGGUGAAAAGGACACCUGUACUGUACAGGGAGGAGAACCUCAAGAGGAACAGAUUGGAAAGGAAAUGGCAACGUAAGAUCUAGCAGAAGAAUCCAUCAAUCACCUCUUGAUUAUCUUGAUUCUCCAGGUUAAUCUUCAGGAACUUUGUGGUUUAGGCUGACACUACAAAUUGCUCUGGGGUGAGAUCUUAGUAAAGAAAAACAGACCAACUGCUGUUCAGAGCAUGUCUUGUCCAAUCCAGCAAACCUUGUGCUCUUAGUCUUCACAAGUGUUCCUUCCUUUAACAGGCAACAAAACAAGUUUAAAAGGUUGAACUACUAUCUUUGUAUAGAAGUAGAUACAAAAGAUUGAAGAGGUGCAUCCUCUAGUGUCAGCUCCUUGUGUUUGUGCCACAGAAGCACACAGGAAGGGGAGAAUGCUUUUCAGUGUGCCAAAUGUUGGUUUGCAUAUCUGUGUGGUAGAAUGCUGUUAAACAAGGUAUUUCUAAAAAAAACAAACCAACC